UACUCUUCAUAUUCACUCUCUUCUGCAUUGGGACAAACACCACUUUUUUGCCUUAUUUGGGAGUGUUCCAAAAACACAGUCUUCCUUCCAUGGCUAACCAAAACCCUCCUUCAACAUCUGAUGUUGAAGCUCUGGAAAUCACUCCUUCAGAAACUAGCCCCCCAGCCAAAAGGUUCACGGCCAAAACGGCUCUGGAGAAUGUGAAAACCAACUUGGUUUUCCGUUCAAAAUGGGGUGAACUAAAUGGUGCCAUGGGUGACCUUGGCACUUACAUACCCAUUAUUCUGGCAUUGACCCUAGCCAAGGACCUCAACCUUGGCACCACCUUAAUUUUCACAGGUAUCUACAAUAUUAUCACUGGUAUGAUUUAUGGGGUCCCCAUGCCUGUCCAGCCCAUGAAGUCCAUUGCUGCCGAGGCCUUGUCAGACACCAACUUCAACGUGCCGGAGAUUAUGACCGCCGGAAUCUUAACCGGUGCUGUGUUGUUUGUUCUUGGUAUCACUGGUUUGAUGAAGCUCGUGUACAAGUUGAUUCCUUUAUCUGUUGUUAGGGGAAUCCAACUGGCACAGGGGUUGUCUUUUGCUUUAACUGCUGUUAAAUAUGUGAGGAAAAUUCAGAAUCUCCCAAAGUCUAAAUCUUUGGGACAAAGGCAUUGGCUUGGGUUAGAUGGGUUGGUUUUGGCCAUAGUUUGUGCCUGUUUUAUUGUCAUUGUGAAUGGGGCUGGGGAAAAGAAUCGCGGGUGCUGUGAUGGUGCUCCAACUGACCAAACAGACCAAAGGAAUGGUGAGGGAGCAAGAAAUAAUAGGACUAGUAAAUUGAGAAAGAUUGUGUUUUCACUUCCUUCUGCUUUUUUAGUUUUUGUGUUGGGUGUUGUUUUUGCUUUUAUUAGAAGGUCUGAAGUGGUGCAUGAAAUUAAAUUUGGACCCUCUUCCAUGGAAGUGAUGAAAUUCUCUAGACAUGCUUGGAAGAAAGGUUUUAUCAAGGGAGCAAUUCCUCAGCUCCCAUUGUCAAUUUUGAACUCUGUGAUUGCUGUUUGCAAGUUGUCAACAGAUUUGUUCCCAGAGAGGGAAUUCUCAGUAACUUCCAUUUCAGUGACUGUUGGUUUGAUGAACUUGGUUGGUUGUUGGUUCGGCGCCAUGCCGACUUGCCAUGGGGCUGGGGGGCUUGCAGGGCAGUACAAAUUUGGUGGAAGGAGUGGUGGGUGUGUGGCGCUUAUUGGUGCCGCCAAAUUGAUACUUGGUUUGGUGCUGGGAACUUCUUUGGCUCACAUUUUGAAGCAGUUCCCAGUGGGGAUCUUAGGUGUGUUGCUUCUGUUUGCUGGAAUUGAACUUGCUAUGUGUGCUAGGGACAUGAAUACCAAAGAAGACUCCUUUGUGUGUCUUAUUUGCACUGCAGUUUCUCUUGUGGGUUCAAGUGCUGCUCUUGGCUUUUUGGUUGGAAUGAUUGUGUAUGUGAUUCUUAAGCUAAGGAGUUGGACAAGGGAUGAGCCACUUUCUACUAUUUGGACUCAGAAAAGCCCCAUGUAACUCUGGAAGAAAAGGAACAUGUACAGGGUAUUGUGGUAGUUGCAUAUGGAUAACUAGUGCUUUUUGUGUAAAUAUUUUGGUUUCCCAAAAUAUGUUGAGUGUUUUUUUUUUAUGUGGAUGUGUUUUUAUUUGUAGGUAUUUGAAGCCAAUUGAGGGCUUGUUUGGGGUUCUAAGAUUCUUAUGCUGUAAUUGUAAUGAGCAUAGUAAAGUAGGAACAACUUCAGUUGUUGCUGGCUUUUGCUCCUGGUCCCUUGCGUAUACUAUCGUGUACGUGCAUACUACCAAUAAUAUAAGAAGUUGUUUCA